CUCACCUCCCGUCGCCUUCGUCGUUUGCGCCUGGAUAUGCCCUUGUCCGGCCAUCGCACACCACAACCAACACCAGUUCCCUUCCCUCGUUCGUCGCCAUGACUCCAUUGGCCAUCGACAGCCACAAUCCUGACAUCCUCGCGAUUCUGUGCUUCAACGAUAGCUUCCUGCUUUCCCUCGGUCUUGACGAAAUCAAGACCCUGCUCCUCGUUUGCAGGCGGGCCAAGCCUCUCUUGAGCUUCAAGGCGAAUCGCUUUCGCACCUGGUGCGAGGAAGCUGAGCUGUGUCGUCCUGACGGAUGGCUGGUGGCUGGCCUCACACCGAGCGACAUGAUUGCCCUUUCUCUGAAGUGCACUGUUCAAGACACAGCCGACCGCUCCUGGCUCGCCGCCCAGUCCGGCCAGGGAAACGCUGCCGCCUCGUAUUUCCUGGCCAGGAUCCUGCAAGUCGACCUCGCCGCCGGAACAUCGGUGAGCGACCCUGCAAAGGACGCCGCACAACAGCAAAUCUUCCAACAUCUGGAGAAUGCAGCCAACACAGGCCACUCCAUGGCGCAGUUUCAUCUGGCCGAGUGUUGUCUCAGCGGAACGGGCGUCAACCAAGACCAUACCAGAGCUGUCGAAUUGUACCGCCAUCUUGCGGACAGAGGAAUGCCUCAAGCUCAAGUUGCCCUCGGCCGAUGCUUUGAGAACGGCGAAGGAAUCGGCCAAGACUACAACACUGCCAUCAAGUGGUAUGCCAAGGCUGCCGACCAAGGCAGCGACAGCGGCCGGCUCCGUAUCGUGUUCCUGCGAGCCUGGUUCUCAUUCAUCGGGCAUGGUGUCCAGCAGAGCGACGUCGAUGCCCUCGGCCAGUGGCAUCAAGUCAGCACCCAAUCCACCGACCUCGCCAUCAAGUCCAUCGCCACCCACAUGGUUGGGUGGAUGCACUACCUCGGCCGGGGUACCCAGCGAGACGAGCAAAAAGGCGUCCAGAUUAUCCGAGACAGCAAAUCGAAAGAGUUUCCCCUCGGCGAGAAAGAAUGCCUGGCUCAUGGCGGCGGCUCGUCCAACUCGCCGGCCGCCCGCAAGUUUUUCGAACUGUGCCAGUUGGGAUCUCACCAUGAAUGGCUGUGCAAGCAUCUCAUGGCCGUGUGCCUGGUGAAUGGAUGCGGGACUCAAGAGGACCAAAAGAAGGCAGCAGCGAUGUUUGAAAAGCUUGCCAAGCAGGGCCACAGCGACAGCCAGUUCUGGCUGGGAACAUGCUACUGGUCUGGCUGGGGGGUGUCGGAGGACUACAAGAAGGCGUUCCCAUGGUACAGCAAGGCAGCAAACCAGGGCAAUUCGUACGGCCAGUGGAUGGUUGGCUUUUGCUAUGGCUGGGGAUACGGCGUCAAGAGCGACAAUGCCAAAGCAAUCGAGUGGUGCCGCAAAUCGGCCGACCAGGGCAACCGAUACGGCCAGAACCAGCUGGAUUGGUCUCACCAGCGCGGCCGAGGCACCGCCAAGGAUACUGGCCUCGCCGCCCGCUAUCGCAAGGCUGCCGAGCAGAACUUUGAGUGGGCCAUCAGCAGCUUCGAAGAGCUGUUCAUAUAGUUGCCCUGGCCAUCGCUCGCCGAGGGGCAGGGGAUCAUUCUGAUGGAUGCUGCGAUUCUGCACUCGAACAGAUGUGCGACAGAGUGUGGAUAUUUGGCGGAUGAGCAGCUUGAGCUUUCCGAACAUGGAUCGAAUGCCAUCGACAGACGACGCUCGUGGACACCAAUUGGCCACAGCGAACGGCGACCAGUACAGUCGGUCCAGAAAGAAACGGGACACUUCCCCUUCCUGGCUUCAGAUAUCUGAACCAGCCGAACUUCCUUAGACUCCAGUGAGCAAGCCGU